AUGGUCAAAGCUUCAUUUACAAUGUCUCUUCAUAAAGAGGACAAUACCACAGUUACGAUUAAACUGGGACACAGUCUUUCACCAAGCUGUCGAAUCCGCGUGAAAUAUGUCAUCAUGUCUGAACUCAAGAUAAAACCUGGGGAUAAUGUGACUUUUACCUUUACCUGUAGUACUCCAGAGAAGUAUUUCAUCAUGGAAAUUAAGAAAAAUAUUGACUGUGUGUCACACCCAUGCCCCUACGGAGAUGUUCAUCUUUACCCACUGGGGUUACCUCGCCUUAACAGGACUUACAUCUGGGACGUGCAGGCAAGUACAAAAUCUGGACUUGAACUAAAAUUUUCUACCCCAUGGCUAAGGCAGAUUGAACCAGGAGAGAUGUGCCCAGACUCCAUUAGCUACAACAUCAACAGCAGUAUUGAUAAGGCCACGGUCAACAUUGGCACCUUCUGCAGGAAUGGCUCCGUGUCUCGUAUCAAGCUGCUGGGAGGAGUUGUCAUGUCCCUGCACCUCCCGUGGCACUCGCCUGUCAUCACCUCAGGCUUCAACAUAGCCAACAGGGCUUCCAUAAAACGGUUAUGCAUCAUUGAAUCCAUUUUGAAGGGGGAGUCUUCAAUCACCCUGAUGUCCCCUAACUACCCGCUGGGCUUUCCAGAAGACGAGCUCAUGACGUGGCAGUUUGUGAUUCCUCCCAACCUGAGAGCAAGCGUGUUCUUCCACAACUACAGCCUGUCCAACUGUGAAAGGAAGGAGGAGAGGGUGGAGUACUACAUCCCCGGCUCCCCCAGCAACCCGGAGGUGUUCAAGCUGAGCGACAGCCAGCCUGCCAAUGUUGCUGGCAGUUUCAACAUGUCCCUGCAGGGCUGUGAUCAGGAUGCCCAAAACCCGGGCGUUCUUCGCCUGCUCUUCCAAGUCGUUAUUCAGCACCCACAGGUUGAUGAGAAUGUCACCCACUUGGUCGACCUGAGCAAGGAGAAGAACAUGACUGUGAAAAUACACUUGGAAGGAUGGCCCAGCCAGAGCCCCCUCAUGUCUGAACCCAUAUGCCUGAUCUGCAAGGAUCCUCGCACCUGUGACCGUGUCGUGACUUUAACCUCUGGUGCUGUCUAUAGGAUCUCCUUUCUGUGCAAGGACUUGUCCCGGCUGAGGAUCACGGCUGAAAAAGGCAUAGGCUGUAUGGAUAUUCGUUGGUGUCAGAGGAAGAUCUAUUCCCUUUCAGUGCCCAAGGUUAUUACCCGAUUGCCAAUCCGACUGCAUAUGUUCAUUUGGAAGCUCUUGGCUACUGAUCUGAUCAAUGUAGAAAUUACAUCUCCGUCCUUGAAACUUCAGCAGCACGUCCAAGGGCAGAGGUGCAACACAAGCUACAGUUACAGCAUCGUUAGUGCCACUCCAGAGACGGAGCUGAAUGUUGGUGUAUUCUGUCCUGGUGGAUCUAUUGAAAAGAUUCAGAUGAGGAAUAAUAUUACCAUAUCUUUAAAAACAUUUGGUAAAGGAUCCAUCAAUGAAUCUGUCCCUCAGGAUCUGAAAAUGUCUUUUGUGCCGCAUAUUAAAGAUGAGUGCACAUUCACCGUGAGUCCAAAUCCAAAAUCUAAAGUUUACUUGGAGACUCCCAACUGGCUUCAUGGUUUACCUCCUUAUGUUUCCAUAUCCUGGUUCAUCAUUGUGCCCAACAAGCAAACUGCCCGCCUGGGCUUCUCCAAGGACCGCAUGGGCAUUGCCUGUGAGACGGGCCGUGCCUUUGUCAACAUAAAGGAAGAGGCUCUGGGAGCAGAGGAGAUCGUGCGCCGCGAGGACGAGCUCCUGCCCCAGCCCCGAAUUAUGCACCACAACUUCUGGGUGAACGUCUCCAACUGUAAACCUGUGGAUAAGACACAGCUGGUCUUGCAGUUCUGGGUGACUUUGGCUGACAAGCAGAUAGACCUUGGAAUCAUACUUGCUGUGGUGGCCGGGGCUGGAGUUCUCACAGCCAUUGGACUGACUGUGUACUGUGUUAAGAAAAAGAAGAAGAAAACCCAGAAUCCCAUGGUGGGAGUGUACAAUGCUAAUGUGAAUACCCAGAUGCCUGGAAAAAAAGGCUUUUUCAGAAAAGGGAGGCAAAACAAUGAGUCUCAUGUCUAUGCAGUUAUUGAUGAUGCUGUGGUCUAUGGACACUUGCUGAAGGAGUCCAAUGGCUCAGUUGCUCCAGAAGUCGAUGUGUACCGGCCUUUCGAUGGACCCUUCUUGCCACCUAGCUUGCCACCUUCUCCACCUCCAUUCUCCUUCAGAAAAGACAGUAAACACUCUUCUAACAUCGAGGAGGAACGUCCACCCCUGACGGACACAGACCAAGACACUUACACAUUUGCUCAUCAGAAAUCAGGGCAGUCAGAGGACAGUGGAGAUGCAAAUAAAAAGGGUAAAGGAGAUACAAGUGUGCCCUUGCUGGAAAAUAAGGAAAUGGGUGGUUUAGUGGAGUAAUUUUAUGCCAGGUAUAGCAGUUUCCUGUGGAAACACAGGUAUAAGG